AUGAAGGUGGUGGUUGGUGGCUCUGACCACAAGCAGAUUAUUGCUCUUCUCUGUGAGGACGACGAAGAAGAUCCAAAGACGACGGUGGCGUGUUGGCGUCGCACUACACCUCCGCCAAAAAGUGAGCGUAAACGAACUCGUGAUUGUGACAUAUACGAGGACGAAGAAGCUAAGCGCUCCGUCAUGCAACGAGCAGCUGAAUUGCUAGCUCGUUUGGAAAAGGAGUAUAACCUUCCCUCCUUCGUUAAGUGCAUGCUCCCAUCAAAUGUUUCCCAAGGGUUUUGGCUGCAUCUACCGAAGAAAUUCUGCAAGGUUAAUUUGCCGAAUGAAGAUACGCCAGUUGUACUUGUGGAUGAAUUAGGGAGGGAGCACACAACGUCGUAUCUCUUGGGGAGGAAUGGAUUGAGUGCCGGAUGGAGGGCUUUCUCUAUGAAACACAAAUUACUUAAAGGAGAUUUACUCAUUUUCCUUUUGACCGAGCCUUGCAAAUUUAAGGCUCCGAAAGUACGUCCUAACGAGCUGAAAACAGAGGAACACAUUCUUGUGGGGGUUGUUUCGUGUAUUAAUGAAAUUACAAUUAGCACAACCGCUGAUCCCGACGGUUGUCUGAAUGUGAAUUCCUCUGCCCUGGACCAAGCAAAAGGGAUUCAAGCGAAUUCGUUUGAACAGUUCCCUAGUUUUUUGAAACAGUUGCUUAAAUCGCAUCUGUCUGGAAAAUUUUAUUUGGUAUACAUUGUGAGAGCAGGCAAAAUAACAGAAAACGAAGGGGCAAUCGGCCUUCAGACUUAUGAUUUUGAGAACAUUAAGCCAAUUAGUGCCGCGAAAAUGGAAGACCAAAUGGAAGAAAAUGCAUGUACUGGAAAAACAGCAAGGCAGCUCAUCGAUCAAUUUAAAGAUAUAAGUGGUUUUGAGGAUUUCAAGAUCCAUUUGGGUGGCCUAAUUCUCGACUCGGAGAUACCUAAAAAUAUCAGAGCAAAAUAUUACAACCUCUGCUGCAGUCAAAGAAUGUUUCUGCUCGACCACCUUAUAAAUGGCCUCAGCACAAAGUUAGCCGUUGUAAUGAUUUCCGAAACUACCAAUAUAUCCGAAGCUGUGAGAUCUGCUGACGUGUCGACUUCUCUUCAUCAUUUGGAAUGCUGGGAAAAGACUUUCAAAGCUUUCGAGGAUUUAGGAAUGGCCGUCGGAUUUAUACGCAAUAGGCUGCAUAAAUUACUGGAAAUUUCGCGCGAAGCACAAUCGAAUAACGAGUCGAAGAUGAUAGUGAGAGCGCAAGCUGAUCAUGUGAGCGGUAAUCUUGAGACUACUUCUUUGAAUGUCGAAGCACUUAUAGGAAGUCUAGAGGCCGAAAUCGAGACUCUCAGAUGGAAAAACGAGAAGCUCGGAUUUGAAUUCCGUGAGCUUGCUCGAGCUCCAUGGAUGUCUAAUUGGAUGAAAAAAUUGGGAAUGAGAAAAGGGAAGGGGCCCCUGAUUCGUCCUCCUGCAGAUCCGGUGGAGGAGACUACUGCGGAACGGGAGGGCAGAACACACAACCGUAAUGCUACCAGUUCUAAACGACGUGGGCGUGGGGAACGGACUGGUGCUUUUAUACAACCACGUAUGACGAUCGAGGAGGAGGAGGAGGAGACGGAGGCAGAGCCCGAGCAGGAGAUGGAUGCAUAUAUGGAUCCGCUGGAGGAUCGAGGGGUUAUAGGGUAA